UAUUCCUUUUUUGCAAUGUUGUACUCUAGAAAAUUGUUGAGAGAAUUCAUCAGAAAAGUCGAUGUCGAUUCUGUGGGAGAAGAGUGGAACAUGGCGGUGGUUAGUGAGGAGAACGAAGGAAUCGAAGCCUUUCUUCAUCGGAUUCGCCACUGUUUGCGGCGUCAUUCCGGGGAUUAUUGGUUUCUGCGUUAUGUCAGCCACCAAUACUCGCAGUCCUGAACUUGAAGCCAAACUUCGUCAGAACGCUCGACCCGAAACGCUAAUGAUGGGUAAAGUUAAUAAAGAGAGGUUGGCUGAGUACCUCGGCGAACUGCAGAGAAAGGAGAACACAAAUGACAGAUAUGUUGCAGCUCUAAAGGGUGAAACGUUGACAAGGAAACCUUACCAGAGAAUUCAAACAGUCCCAAAUCCAAGUGAUAUUGAAGCAAAGAAGGAACAAAAGUAAAUUGCUGCUUAGCCGGGUUUGUUGCUUUAGUUUGGUACUGCUUUUCCCCGUGGAUAAAGCUUUGGAAUGGAGUCGUGGACACAACUGGAGUGAAAUUUGAAGAAUGUCGUUUGUCGAAUGAGUGAAAUCUGAUUGAACUUUAAAUAAUCAUAUCUUAGUUCUAGCGGGAGUAACUUGUUUACAUGCAUUGCGAUAUUGUGUUAGGCGUGCAAAGAUUUGUUGUACUUCAGUUAUGAAAUUGAGAACAAUAUCUCAACUUGAAUUGAAUAUGUAUUUUCCAAGUUGUGGUAUGGAAGUGCUAUUCAAGUGAA